UGCGGUGGCCUCCUUUUGUUUACAAACUGUUUGCUCCCGCACGCACAGCAAUUUGCAACAGUUUCGUCGUGAAUUUCCCGGUUUGUACGUGAUUCCGCUGCAGAAAAUGUCCAAAGAAAAUAGCGACACAGCUGCGGCCGCCGCCCGGGUUGACAAGGAGCUGGACCUGUCCAACGCAGGUCGCGGCGUUUGGCUCGUCAAGGUGCCCAAGUACAUCGCCAACAAGUGGGAAAAGGCGCCCGGGAACAUCGAGGUGGGCAAGCUGAAGAUCUCCAAACAGGUCGGCCAGAAGGCACAGGUUUCGCUGACGCUGUCCGAUGCCGUCAUCAACAUUGACCCCGCGGAGGAGAUUCCGCGCGACCACCGGUUGGACGUUUCCGUCGUGACCAAGCAGACGCUCGGGGUGUUUGCGCACAGCGUGCCCGCGUCCGGUGCCGGCAGUGCCGACCCGACCCCCGAAAGCGAAAAGCUCUUCAUGGAAGGACGGAUCGUGCAGAAGCUCGAGUGCCGACCGUACGCGGACAAUUGCUACAUGAAGAUGAAGCUGGAAUCGAUCCGGAAGGCGUCGCAACCGGCCCGGCAGCUCAAAUCGCUCGAGAAGAUCGUGCAGACGUUCAAGCCGGUGUCCGACCACAAGCACAACAUCGAGGAGAAGGAGCGCAAGAAGGCCGAAGGUAAAAAGUCUCGCGACGACAAGAACGCCGUCCUGGAUAUGCUGUUCAACGCGUUCGAGAAGCACCAGUACUACAACAUCAAGGACCUGGUCAAGAUCACGCGGCAGCCGAUCAGCUAUCUGAAGGAGAUUCUCAAAGAGGUCUGUGAUUACAACAUGAAGAACCCGCACAAAAACAUGUGGGAGCUGAAGAAGGAGUACCGGCACUACAAGGAGGACGACAAAAAGGACGAGGACGGCAAGGAGGGCGGAAUGUCCGACAGUGACAGUGACUGAAGUGGGACUUGUUUUAUAUUAUACUUUUGCAGGGGGGAAACUCAAGACAAACUUCAUUAAAGAAUUAAUAAAUAUGGAUCUUAUUGCUACUAUUUAUACGGUUCCGUUGUUUCAGAAUCAAGGUAAGAAAGGCAAAUACAAUUUUA